AUGAAUGAAGCCAAGAUUCUUCUUCACUAUGCUGUCAACAAAGCCAGCAAGAAUUCAGAUCCCAAUUCAAGUGAGGUCAACAGUGAGUUAAUACAAGCUUGUAAGAUCAUUAGUGACUUUUUGCCAAAUGAGGAUGGAGAUAAAAUGCUUACCAGCUUACAUGAGAUUCUUCCAAAGAUGAUCAAGAUGCUGCCCUACCUCCCAAAGCCAUUGGAGAUGUUAAUAAGCACAUUCAUUGACAAGUUUGUGGCAACCGGAGAAGCUGUUUCAUUUUUCUAUAAAAGUUUUGUAGAUGAGUUCGGAGAAGCUUAUAUCGAUCUCUCCUCUCCUAAGAUCGCUAUCAAUGGGGAAUGGUACUUCUGUGGAGAAUAUAUCAGAAUAAAAUGCUGUGAAUUCCUGUUAAAACUAUUCACAAUACUCAAGAGGAAAGUUCUAAAGAAGCUACAACCCUCUGUGGCUGAGUUCCUCAAGAAUGACUUCUUCUUUCUUUAUCCAGGUAGAGAAUUUGGUGUCAAAAUUGUGGAAUUUCUGAAGAAACGGCUCAAACACCGACUCUUUGAGUCUUUAGAGAUAGACUUUUUAGAAGACGAAGAGACCAGACAAAUGAGACUCAAGGCUAAACGGCAGAAUUAUACCUACUUCGAAGGUGAUGUCGAAGAAGAUUCAGAUGAAAUCUCUGAUCUUGAUGAAGAAACUUUGAAUACUAUGAAUAUGAACAAUAAGUUAUUACUGAAAGUUGAAAAGAAAAUAGAUAAAUUAGAGAAACAUUUGAAUAAUGUUCCUACUAAGGAAGACAAGAUACGCUUCCAAAGAAUCUACUUGACGAAGGAUGAGAAUCUUACGAUUGCUUUUACAGUCAUCUGUAAGCCACAUGACUUUGAGUCCAAGAAUGAAUGGAAGUUUAGGAAGGAUAUUGACUAUAACGACGAGCUGCUAUAUCAAAGCAAUGUUUCAUACCUACUUAAGUCCAACAAGAUCAUGGACUACAUCAACAGAGAUAUUAUGAACAAGGAUUUGUAUAGAAGCUUUCUGAUGCUCAAUGUGAUGAUUGACAAUAACACGAUUGAUUUUUUAAGCAAGAAGGUAGAUGAAUUUUAUAAGAAAGCUUUCGAGAGUAUCAAAAUUGGCCUAACAAGUUCCAAGAAUGCUUUCUUACCCCAUGUGGUGACCUUAAUGAAAGCACUAAAGCAGCAUGAUUGCGAGCAAUCAAUAGAACAGAUUCUGAGUUCAAGGAUACUUUGUCUUUGUAUUCAAUACCUGGAUAAUACUAGUAUAACUCAAUUUUUAACAGAGUUGAUAACAAAUAAGCCUCCUACAAUGACUGUAAAAUAACCACGAUAGGGUGAUCAAAUACCUGAUUCAGAGGCAAAAAAUUUUUGAAACAAUCAUGGACAUGGUCAUUGGAAAUAACAAGAAAAUGAAUAUGCUAGUCAAAUAUGGAGAAGGGAAAGCUACAGAGGAGGACAGGAAACAUCCUGAGUUUGAUGAUCCAUUGCUUGAACUUGAGAAUAUCCCUAGAUCUCCCACUAUGAUUCCAGAUAACCGUGGGUUUUCUGAGUCAUAUAGCUAUAAAGAGUACACUGAGACAAGGAUCACUAAUGUUCAAGGAACUAAAAUGAGUCAGGAGUAUACAAGAGACACAAUAAACUUCUUAUUUAACGUGGUUAAUAGCUACCUCUACAAAACUUUGGAUCCUCAGGAUCCAAUUUACAGUAUUCCAUUGAUGAAAUAUUUAUUUGGAGAUGAACAACAAGUCUUAGUCAGGUGCCUUUACACUCAUGCUGUGAGAAUUUAUCACAGCGAUGACCAUAACUCUGAAUGUAUCGACUUCCUUACAAUGCUAUGAAACAUUAUUAAAAACAUCCUUGAUCCAAAGACCAAAUGUAAAUUUUUGAUAGAGUACAAAGCUUUAAUCAAAGAAGAACUAAGGCAUCAUUUUUUGACACUAGAAAAUUUAAUCGUGGAUGAGCUUAAAACCCCGAUAGAAAUUACUUCGAAGAAAUUGAUAUUGUUAGAACUACUGUGAUGCCAGAUAGAACUGGACUCUGAAUUGACUAGAUAUAUUAGCCCAAAAUGCUGGGAUAGGCUGGUUGAUCACUUCUUCAAUCAUGAAGCAGUUGACCAAAAAGUGAGUCGGAUAAAGCUUUCAUACAUAUUCAAAAUCCUAUUCGACUCCAGAUUUGUAUCUGUCUCAACCAAGAAUUAUGGCAAGGCUCUAACCACCAAGCUAAUGAACUUAGUCUGCAGUCAGAAUAUUCUGGCAAACAUCGUUCUUAUCUUUGAAGCAAAGUGAGACAUACAGCUUUACAAAUGUGCACCAAAAAUAUUCCUGUGUGAUGAACUCUACUCUUACUGUUGCUCCUUUGUCAAAGUUCUCUAUCCGAUUGCAACGAAAUACGGAGUAGACAACGACGAUGGACACGAGGAACUAAACCAGCUUGCUGCUCAGCUAAAUUUCAGCUCAAAUUGGCAGAAGAUCCUCCAAUAUAUUGAGAGCUUAGGCAUCACAAAAACCUUUGACGAAUCUAUGAUCGAGACCAAUAGCGAGGAUCUUGAAGAAAUGCUCGACAAUGAACUCGACCAAAGCUCUAAGCACUGGGAAAAGAUCGAAACUUUUGGCAACCAAGUCAUCACAGAGGAGCACAAAAUUCAGCAAGAUUUCGGCAAGAUCGAUAGUAUCAAAAACUUCAUGGCUGGUUCAGGCCAAGGCGACUCUUUUGGAAGCGAUCAUGAACUUGGUGAUAUUAAUGAGGCAAGUGUUGAUAGUGUGGAGCAAUCAAAAGAGAAGGAUGAAAGCUCUGGGGAGUUAUUUGAAAUCUCUCAUUAA